CAGAUGUCCCUUCAAAUGACGGGAUUUGAGAGGUUUAUUCCACAGCUGAUACACCACCUCAGCGCCUCCACCUCAGGACUGCCUGCUGGAGGCGGGGCCAGGCAGGGCGGGAAGCCCCACCCGGCGGGAGGCCCCGCCCACCCGCACUACGUCUCCCGGCGUGCCGCGGGGCUGAGCCGCUGCCGGAAGCGGAAGCGGACUCGGUGCCGCUUCCGGCGCGGUGGCCGGCGGCCGGCUGCUGAGGGGAAAGCGGCGGAGUCCGCGCAGAGGGUGUUAUGCAGAAAAAAAGGAUACGGUGUCCAUUUGAGUUCUGUCUUGUCCAGGACUGGUUUCCUCUCUGCUGUCAGCAUGGCAACAUCGCUUAGAACCGCAUGGUCCAACCUCUUCUGGAUGCGUUCAGUAGCAACCUGUAGGCGGGCCCCGCUACAGAAUGGAGCAGUAUAUCAUGCUUGCCAUAAAUCUACAUACUCGGUUCUCCCUGAAGACUACAACUGCAAAGUGGAACUUGCAGUGACGUCAGAUUUGAAGACAAUUGUCUGCUACCACCCUUCGCUUGAGAUUCCAUACGAGCAUACAAAACCCAUACCACGGCCAGAUCCAGUGCAUAAUACAGAAGAAACCCUUGAUCAAGUUUUGAAAUCCAGAUUGAAUGAAAAAGAGCUAAAGAACAAUAGAGGUCCUACAAUUGAAGAGCUCAGCAAAAUGUUUUACACAACAAAACAUCGCUGGUAUCCUGUGGGACAGUAUCAUAGAAGACGCAAGAAUCCUAAUCCUCCUAAAGACAGAUAAUGAAGAUAACUUCUUGUUCAUCAGCACUUUUUAUUUCCCAUAAAGAUUAAUAGCAAAUUACAGAAUGUGAGAUGUUUGGCAAUUCAGUGUGAGUGCUAUAACUAAAACAUGCUUAACUAAAUUUGACUCUUACUUUCUACUUCAGCUAGUUGACAGAAAAACAACAAAACUGCACUGAUGAAACAAGGAUCUAGUGAAGGCUAUUGUAUACGUGCGGUCAGUGAAUGUGCUAGUCUUAGAGCUGGAUUUAACAGGUGAUGGAGUGCUCCAUUAAACUAGGUCAAGGGCUCAUCAUUGGUAAAGUGAAUGCAUAGAAGUAUUAUGUCAAAAUGGGAAGUCUAGAACUGGACACGUUAGGGUUUGGUGUUGCUUUGGGGGGAUAAUUUAGAAAUCUAGUAACUGAAAUGCAGGUGAGCUUUAAUCCUGAGGUAUUAAUGAAAUAGUAUUGAUGAAAAAUAUAAUGAGAGGUAUUUUUGAAAACGAUUAAAUAGUUUUGCUUUUUCUGUUAGACUUGUAAGAUAUCUGAUUCCAUGUUUAAUCCUACAUUAGCCAAGUGAUUGUAUUUAAGGCUAUUGUCAUGUACUGAAAACUGGCCAACUAAUUGUUAAUUGUAGCUUCCAAGGCAUAGUAAAUCACCCAGUAUUCCCAAAUAUCUGAGAGAACUUCUGUGUGUGUUGGGGGGGGGGGGAGGAGGAGGGGUUGGUUUUGUUUUUUUAACCCCACCCCAACUACUGCUCAGUGAGGAUGCUAUGUUUGUAUAGAAACUGGAAUAGCUGUAAGCUCAGGGGAGGAAGAGUUCUUUGCCUCAGCAGGGUAAUCCGUGAAGACUCCCAGCUCUUUCUAGCUUACCUAGGGAGAAGGAUUGGCCCUUUGUUAUAUGAAAUGCUUUAAAUUAAUGUCGUGUGAUUCUACUUCAUAGUUUUAGCGUUUUGUAGUACUUAAAUGUUUCUGCUAUUCUAAUAUUCUAUGUCAUCUAGCAUUUUUUUCUCAGGAAAAGGAGAUACUUUACUCCAGUCUACAGUUUUAGGCAUCAGCCUUCUUAGAGAAUGGGCUAGCUUGGAACAUUGUGCCUCGGCAGAGAUCCCAGUGACUUCAUUAAGUCUUCUUAGCAGAUCCUCAUAAGUAAUCAGAAAAUAAUUGUCCAAUAUAUGUCAUACAUUUUGAUUGUAUUUCCUUUCCAAAGCAACUUGGAUAAGCUAGGAAGGUUCUUGUUUCUUCUCUUAGUCUAGUAUAGUUUUGCCAGCAUGUGUUAUCUACACAUCUUGCUAGAAGUUGAGUACUAUAUAAAGUCUCUAAUCCUGGUCAUUGUUACUAUAAAGAACACUUACUUUUCUAAAGUUAUUACUCAGUAAGCUUUUUUCCUUUAAUUUCCUUUAAUUGUGAAAAAAGCAAUGUUGGAUGUGUGUAAAAAGACUGCCUUUAAAUACUUCUGGAAAAUUUUUAUGUAAAGGUAGUCUAAGUAUUUAUCUUGGUAUUAUUUUAAAAAAUGCAUUUUUAAAUCCGAAUGCCAGUUAGCUGAUAAUGGUUUAUGAUGGCAGAGCAUGAAAUUGUUUUGCUUAUUCUCUCUGUUAGGCUUGUAAGAUCUGAGUCCAUGUUUCAGCCUACAUCAGCCAAGUGAUUUUGGCUCUGUAUUAUACGAUGUGUUGCUCGCGUGGUAACAAACGUGCUAUCAUGAAGGAAUGUCUAUUGUGUUUAUGAAAAGGAUUGCUGCUUACUCUGCAAGUUCAAUCACAUGAAAAUAAUUAUUUUUUUCUACCUAGAAUAUAACUUUUUCAAUAGUUUUUAGUAAUUUGUAGUACAACACAUCGUAGCAUUUUCAUCAAUUCAUGGUGCCUGGUACUGACACUGGUCCAUAAGUGAGCAGCUUACAUCUCAUGGUUAGUGUUCUGUUGUGUUCCACUGCAUAAAAUCGAGCCCCCUUUAUUUCUGGGAAGCUGAGACCUAAUUUGUCACUGUUUGACUUCACUCCAGCAUAAGAAAAGAUAUCCUUGGAUUAAUUUAAACUUUCAAUUAUUUUUCCCCCUUCUUCUCCCUGAUACUUUUGCUUAUUGCUGCCUAAUAAUAGUAAGACAUUUUGCUUUACAGAAGCCUUUUGUUACCACGUUUGUCUGUUCUUGCCUGUCAAACCCUGUUUAUGACCAAACAUCCACAAUCACUGUAGAUAUGUUGGAUUUCUCAAUGUUUCCCAAACAUUUUUGGAUGCUUUUCAGGCAUUUUGAGGGCUAAAUAUCUGUGAUGUGCUGGACUGCUAUCUUUAAAGUACUUCCUCUUCUGACCAGUUACUGGAAGCUGAGUCUAAAACACGUUCACUAUGUGUACCCUCUGCCAUUUUGUUACUACAUUAAUUCAUAAAAUUGGUAUUUUAAAAUCUUUGCCCACAUUACGCUGCCACUCGCAAUCUUUCUAUGUUCUCUUCUACUAAAUCUUUCUCCUGGGUCAUCUGAAGCAUGACCUCAUUAAAAUCCUGCUCUCACAGUAAUUCCAAGCAGUCCCCCAUAUUUUCUAGGCCUUGAACAACUACAUAAAGCUGCCUUCUCUGUUUCUCUUCACUUGAAAACUUGGAAUUAGAAUCCAUCCAUUUGAUUCUUGUCCCCCUUCUAUGCAGAAGAAUAAUCCAUCUGAAAGUUAGUUUGGGAUUUCUGUUUUCUGUUGCUCUUGUUCUUUGUAAUUGAAAACUUUAAUUGCAUAAAAUUCACUGAACGUUAA